UGAUUGUGCACUUCUUAUUUUUGUGUUACAGACUGACAUUGCCCAUCUAGCUCACGAACAAAAUUAACCUCUCUCUCUCUCAAAUCUUCUUCCCUUCCCUUCGCGCUGCAAACCUCCUCAAUCUGAUUCACCUUCUUCAACCAACCGCUCCCUCAAAUUCUGCAGUGCACCCAAUUUGAUUGGAUAUUGAAGACAAGGGCGGAAGGAGAGGCAUUCCUUCCUUGUUUAAGAUUAUUCUUGCUUGCAGGUUGCACCACUGGUCGGUUGAAGAAAUGUAUGUAACAGUUUUGAUAUCUAUUCCCCGGAGAGGGGAGUAGUGGUCAACCGGGGCUCAAGCAAAGGUUUAGAGAGAGAAAGAAUGGAGGAGUGCUCGACCGGGGCUCUAGUCCCGGCAGUGAAACCAGAUCCAAAGGCGUCAAGUGUCACGGAUUUGGCAGAUCCAGGCAGCGGUAACGUUUGUCGUCUGGUGCAUGAGAAAGAACUGGCAGAGGUAGACAAGGACUUGUUAUGCCCAAUUUGUAUGCAGAUGAUAAAGGACGCCUUCCUUACAGCGUGUGGUCAUAGCUUCUGCUACAUGUGCAUCAUCACCCACCUCCGCAACAAGAGCGACUGCCCUUGCUGCGCCCAGUUCCUCAGUGCCAAACAAUUGUUCCCUAAUUUUUUGCUGGACAAGCUUCUGAAGAAGACUUCCGCUCGUCAAAUUUCCAAAAGUGCAUCUCCUGUAGAGCAUUUUCGCCAGGCAUUGCAGCAGGGAUGUGAAGUGUCAAUCAAGGAACUAGACACCCUGUUGGCACUCCUGGCAGAGAAGAAGAGGAAAAUGGAACAAGAAGAGGCGGAGAGAAAUAUGCAAAUACUGCUUGACUUCUUGAAUUGCCUAAGGAAGCAAAAAGUUGACGAGCUUAGUGAGGUGCAAACCCAUCUCCAAUUUAUCAAAGAGGACAUAGGUGCAGUAGAGAGAUGCAGAAUGGACUUGUACCGUGCCAGGGACAGAUACUCUGUCAAGCUGCGGAUGCUUGGAGCGGAUGAUUCUAUUUCUGGGGCAAGAAAGCAAUGGCAUUCCUCUCCAGAUAACAACACCGGUGCGCUUAGUGGACGAGGAGGGAUGUCAUCUUGGAAUCUUCCGAGAAGGGAUGCUUUAAGUGCAUCAGACUCCCAGUAUCUAACUCAAACUGGUCUUGCCGUAGCCAGAAAAAAGCGGGUCCAUGCACAGUUUGAUGAACUUCAAGAGUGUUACCUGCGAAAGCGGUGUCAGAUGGCGAACCAACCAUACUCCCAGCAAGAACGGGACAAAAGUGUAAUACAGAGAGAAGGUUAUACUGCAGGUCUUGCUGAUUUUCAAACGGUGCUCACUACAUUAACACAGUACAGUCGAAUGAGGGUCAUGGCUGAACUUAGGCAUGGGGAUCUAUUUCACUCAGCCAAUAUAGUAUCCAGCAUUGAAUUUGAUUGUGAUUACGAGUUAUUUGCUACUGCUGGAGUUUCACGGUGCAUAAAAGUUUUUGACUUCUCUUCGGUUCUGAAUGAUCCAGUUGACAUGCACUGUCCUGUUGUGGAGAUGCCUACACGUUCAAAACUUAGUUGCUUGAGCUGGAACAAGUUUACUAAAAACCAUAUAGCCAGUACUGACUAUGAAGGAAUAGUAACAGUUUGGGAUGUAAAUACUCGGCAGAGUGUCAUGGAAUAUGAAGAGCAUGAAAAACGUGCUUGGAGUGUUGAUUUUUCAUGCAUAGACCCCACGAUGCUUGUAUCUGGUAGUGAUGAUUGUAAGGUAAAACUUUGGUGCACAAGGCAGGAAGCUAGUGUUAUUGAUAUUGACAUGAAAGCCAACAUAUGUUCCGUCAAGUACAAUCCGGGAUCCAGCAACUUCAUUGCGGUUGGUUCAGCAGACCAUCACAUCCACUAUUAUGAUUUAAGAAAUCCGAGCGAACCACUCCACGUGUUCACUGGGCAUGGGAAAACUGUUUCUUAUGUAAAAUUCUUGUCAAACUAUGAGCUUGCCUCUGCAUCCACUGAUAGCACGUUGCGGUUAUGGAAUGUGAGGGAUAAUAUUCCAGUUCGUACUUUUAAAGGUCACACAAAUGAGAAGAACUUUGUAGGUCUUACAGUAAACAGCGAGUACAUUGCGUGUGGCAGCGAAACAAAUGAAGUGUUUGUGUAUCAUAAGGAGAUCUCUAAACCUGUGACUUGGCAUAAAUUUGGGUCGCCUGAUUUGGAUGACACAGAGGAUGAUGCGGGGUCGUACUUCAUCAGUGCUGUAUGUUGGAAGAGUGAUAGCCCUACCAUGCUAACUGCGAACAGUCAAGGAACCAUUAAAGUGUUGGUUCUUGCGGCAUAGACAACAACUAAAUGGAAACUAAAAGAAGGAUUCACGAGGAAGAAAGUUGUUGCUGCGAUUGUUUGUAAGCGAUAUUCGGAUGUUGACGUGUAAAUGCUAGGAUUGAGUUGAGAUGCAAUGUCAGUGGAAAGUUUUAUUAUUUGUUAUACAGAAGAUACUAAAUGUGCCAAAGGAAGUGAAAAUAUAUAGCAAUAAUAUCAUUGAUUACCGAG